UGAGUGAGUGUAAGAGAGACACACUGAAGUCGAGCGCAAAAUGGCGUCGUGAGCAAGGCAGUUGCAGUGUGUGCAGUGGGGUCGUCGCCGUCGUCGUCGCGUCUCGCCGUUGCUGCUCACAGUAAAAACGCCGCGUACUGAUCAAUAGCGAGCGCCCGCAAAUGUGCGCGAUUUGCGUGCACCGCGCGCGCCCUUAAAGCAUGUAACCCCGGCACCCGCUGGACUUCCGCGAUCCGCCGUGCCCGAGAGUGUUGUUGUGCUGGUCCGCCAGCCAGAGGAUACACUGAUACACACAACCACACAUACACACGCAUACCCGGAGCCGGAGUGCGCUCGUCGCCGUUCUCGUUUCGGCCCUUCGGCGUCACCAUCGGGUUAUGAGCGCCGACCAUGGGCGCGCAGAAUACCAAGGAACGCACGAUCACGUCGGGAACGCAUUCAAUCCGCGCGACGAAGAGUAGGCCCAAGCCGACCAAAGAUGGACGUCAGAUCGUGUCCAACAUCUUCACCGAGCAUAGCGCGAACGAGCACCGUGCGAGCAUACGAAGCGUUCGUUCACAUCCGUUUACAGAGGCGCUGCUGCAGAGCAGACCGUUGCCGCAUAUACCGAGUGUACCGGAAACUGACCCACCCGGGACACUCAGCUCGGCGGCGGUUAAUGCCACCGUUGGAACAUUGAGUUCGCUGGGUUCCGGCACCGCCUCCACGCCGCUGUCUCUUGAAACUGCCAACCGAUGGACGUCCAAAGAAAAUCUGCUCGCGCAGGAAGAGGACGAUCCGCAACUGUUUGUCGCCCUUUACGACUUCCAAGCGGGUGGAGAGAAUCAACUAAGUCUUAAGAAAGGUGAACAAGUGAGAAUAUUAAGUUAUAACAAGAGCGGCGAAUGGUGCGAAGCGCACUCGACGUCCAAUCAAGUCGGCUGGGUGCCAUCGAACUAUGUGACGCCGGUUAAUUCGCUGGAGAAACACUCGUGGUAUCAUGGUCCAAUCGCACGUAACGCCGCCGAAUAUCUCCUGUCUUCGGGCAUCAAUGGUAGUUUUCUUGUGCGGGAGUCAGAAAGUUCUCCGGGACAGAGAAGUAUAUCGCUGCGUUAUGAAGGUCGAGUAUACCACUAUCGCAUCAACGAAGAUGCCGAGAAAAAGGUAUUUGUUACGGCCGAGAGCAAGUUUAACACUCUGGCCGAGCUAGUGCACCAUCAUUCCAUGCAAUCGGAUGGUCUAAUCACGCAACUACUCUACCCCGCACCCAAACAUAAUAAACCCACUGUGUUCCCACUGAGUCCCGAACCUGACGAGUGGGAAAUUAACCGGACUGAUAUUGUAAUGCGACAUAAAUUAGGCGGUGGGCAAUAUGGCGAUGUAUACGAAGCGGUGUGGAAGCGGUAUAAUAUGACGGUUGCUGUAAAAACUCUCAAAGAGGACACGAUGGCCCUCAAAGAUUUUCUGGAGGAGGCUGCGAUAAUGAAAGAGAUGAAACAUCCUAAUCUAGUGCAACUAAUGGGCGUAUGCACGAGAGAACCGCCGUUUUAUAUUAUCACCGAGUUUAUGAGCAAGGGCAAUCUACUGGAUUACUUGCGCAAUGGUAACAAGGAGCAGAUCAACGCGGUGGUCUUGAUGUACAUGGCCACGCAGAUUGCCAGCGGCAUGAGUUAUCUAGAGGAGCGCAUGUUUAUUCAUCGCGAUCUUGCGGCGAGAAAUUGUCUCGUUGGAGAGAAUCAUUUGGUUAAGGUGGCUGACUUUGGUUUGGCGAGACUGAUGCGUGAUGAUACAUACACAGCGCAUGCGGGUGCCAAAUUUCCGAUUAAGUGGACCGCCCCGGAAGGUCUGGCUUACAAUAAAUUCAGCACCAAAUCGGAUGUGUGGGCGUUUGGCAUUCUUCUUUGGGAGAUUGCGACGUAUGGGAUGUCGCCGUAUCCAGGCGUGGACUUGACUGAUGUGUACCACAUGUUGGAGAAGGGGUACCGAAUGGAAUGCCCGCAAGGGUGUCCGCCGAAGAUUUAUGAUCUGAUGAAGCAGUGCUGGCAGUGGCAAGCGCACGAUCGGCCCACGUUCCGAGAGAUACACCAUGCUCUGGAGAAUAUGUUCCAGGAAUCUAGCAUUACUGAAGAGGUUGAAAAGCAGUUGCAGGGCAUGGAACCGCCGCCGGUUCCGCUGGGCACGCCGCACAUGUCUUUUAAGAAGACGCACUCCGGCAGCACCGGCAACAUUCACGGUCUAGUCUCUUUAUCUGAACAGUCAACAGAUAAUCUCACAACGUCGGCGAAAUUAAGUACAUUCACGGGUGGCUCAUCGAAGAGCAAUGUUCAGUUGCGGCGGACAACAAACAGGCGAGGAAAGCAGGCACCUGCGCCUCCCAAGCGCACCAGCUUGUUGUCUUCUUGCAGUUCAUUCCGCGACAGCACCAUAGAUGAUCCCUACCAGGGCGACGGUGACACCGAGGCUGCCGACUUAAAUGGUAUUAAUAACAAAUUUAAAGGGAUGACUAGAGAUCUGCAAAACCUUGCUGCAAGUGCAAAGGGAGGCGACAGCGAGAGCGAGCUACAGGACCAGACACCUGAUACGGACGAUUCCGGCGCACAUUCCUAUCCGGAGGUAUCCGGUUCCGCGUUCGUCGUCCCUGGCAGCGGCUCGUUCAAGCGCGCGCCGAUAAUGGGAAAUCGCGGUUUAGAACAGCGUGGGCGCAAGACAAAGACCUAUCCAGACAAAGAACAGAAACAAGCGCAACCGCAGGUUCAGGUCGCUGCCCUGGAAGUGCAAAAUGUGCGCAAAGCUAUUAGUCGCUACGGUACGCUACCGAAAGGAGCGCGAAUCGGCGCCUACCUUGAAUCUCUCCGCCAGAGCGGCAUUUCUAGCCAGGAGCAAGCAGCUCAAUCCACAACCACCACCAGUGUUUCUACUGCCAGCGCCGCGUCGUCUGCGCCAGUUAAGGAUGCGAAGGAGACGUCACAACGUUCGCUUUCCCCACGUACGAAUAUCCGUACUCAACCCCAGAUGAUACGCAGUAACUCAUCCAGCGGCGUGACCACCUUCCAUGCUCAACAACCUCCUAGUUCGCCCACCGCUUCCAAAUUUAAUCGUAACCGUAACAUGCAACGCAACAAUACCGACCUAGGUGGCUGCAGUCUGCGCACAUUUAAAGCAGCGCAGGGCAACAGUUUUCGCGGUGGUAGUCCGUCGCGUUCUGCCCAGCCUAGUUUAGCUGAUUUAGAAUUUCCGCCACCACCGACCGACUUGCCGCCACCGCCUGAGGAGUUUGAUGGACCAGUUGAACCCAUCGAUUCUAUGGGUUUCAACUGUAUGACGUCGUCGGUGGAGAUUCGCAAACGUGUUCCCAUUUCACCGCUGACGUCACGCAAGCAAGAGACUGAAGAUAACGACGUCAGCAAUCUGCAGCCGUCUGUAGAAGAAGCGUCUUCUCGAUUCGGCGUCAGUCUACGAAAGCGGGAGCCUUCUUCCGAUAGCUGCAGCAGUGCCAACAAGGAAGAUAAGGACCGCAGUCCGCAUAGAACGAGCUUAAGUCUGACUAGCCCGAGUUUAGAGGGCAAGAGCCCAAUGAGUAUCGACUCGGACGUACCAACAGUGGGCUCCCCUAUAGAUCUGCCACCUCCAAUCUUCCCUGGCGAUGGUGAUGUUGACGAAACGGACGAUUGUGGUCCGAUCGCUGGCGGAGCAGGUGAUGAAGGCAAGAAAUUGCUGAACUCACGACUGCUCAAAGAGAUGGAGCUCAAGCUGGUGGCGGAAAUGAAGGAGCGCGCCGACCAGAAGCAGAAGAAUGUGAAAGAAUCGCCCGACUCUCUAUUGGCUGUGAGUAGCAUUAGUAAUGAUCCCGUAUCUCAAUUAGUUUCCGAACUGUCCGAACAGUUGAACUUGCCAAAGGCGACGCCUACGCCGCCUGUCACAACGAAGCCCGAAACAAACGGCGCAUUUCUACAGAACCUAAAGAAGGUUGAGCCGCCAAAGAAAAACACGCAGAAAGAUAAAAACGACUCGGUCGACAGCGGCAUUAUGAUCGAUUUUAAGUCACGCUUGCGGAAAGUCGAUAACGGAAACGAGAAACACGAGAAAAAGUCUGAUGACGAUGAUAAGAGCGAACAAAAUAAGAACAAUCUUGACGCCGACGAGAACAACAAGCGCGAGAGCAUUGCAAGCUCAGAUGGGGGCAAUGCAAAGUUGGAGGAAGGGGAUGACAAACGUAAGAGUACCGGAAGCAUCAGUUCGCUGAAAAAGCUAUGGGAAACGAAGGAAUCGAUUGAAGUGUCCAAUAAUACUCAGUUAUCACCCAAACUUGGCGUGAAGAAUAUGAAAAACGAUGAGCUUAUCACCGAAAUUGCGGCGACAGAGCCGGAAGAGACGUCGAAAAACACCAAGAACGAAAAGCGUGUCUGGCCGCCAUCGUCCGUGAUCGAUGACAAGCCGCUCAUUCCCACCAAGCCACCGGUAAAGCUAAAACCUAUUAUGCGACCAGCGAGUUCAGCGAUUUACGCCACUCCAAUCGCAUCGGCGAACAAUAAACCGCCUAUUUCCGCUAAGCCCAUUAACUUGGAGAGCAAAACUCCAGAAGAAGACGCCAAGAUCACAAACGACGGCAAGACUGAGAACAAAAAUAAUAUCUUGCAGAUCUCGCGCGCGCUGGAGUCGACCCUCAACAGUAUUAAGAACAAUCCGACCGUCACGUCGACCACUUGGCUACAGCUAUCCGACAAAAUUGGCCUGCUUCAUACUUCGUGCAUGGACUAUGCCGACAAUGUGGUGCCCGCACACACCAAGUUCCAAUUUCGCGAGCUGCUCACCAAACUGGAAACGCAGGCCCGCCAGAUGCGCACGGCUGGUUCGCGUAACUCAUCGGAGAACUCGCGCUGCGUGAACGACGUCAUCAAUACGAUCAAAGAUGUCGAGAAUGUCGUCGUGCGAUAGGGAACAUCAAUUAUUACGACUGCGUAGGACCACUAAGUAGGACUUAAGUUAAGGGAAACACGUUUCCGGUUUUGUUUCGGAGAUGAAAAGUAUUCGUUUGCAUUUACGCCAGAGAAAGAUGAAAGGUACAAGUGUCCCUCUUUGUACCAACGAUUAAGUUUUCAGUAAAUGGCUUGUCAGUCGUGUAUUAAUGUCGUAUCAAAGCCGCCAAAAACCAAUACGAGUAGUUUAAAGCAAUUGUAUUCGUCUUUUUUAUUAGGGAUAUUUUAGAUUGUCUGUAAAUUCAUUUUCACUCAACUGUGAUACAAAUAUGUUAAUUUUACAAGUUUUACACCCACAUGCUCAAUGGAAAUGUUUAUUAUUUAACGUUUCAACUAACUUGUUUUUUAUUCUGGUCUUUGCGGCGACAUUUUUGUCUAUUCUACGACGAUUAUAUAUCGUGCGAACCCUUUUGGAGAAUUAUAUCGUUGUGCGCGCGCGACAAAAAGAAAUAGUUGCAGAACAUCUAUUUUAUUUUUUAUUUAUAAUGACAAUUAUGCUAGUCUUCAUUUGUAAAUUAUAUGUUUAGAGUGUGUGAAAAUGCUGACAAAAAGUGGAUGUGAAGUAUAGUUUCUACAUAUAUUUUUAAAAAUUAGGCAAUGAAACAAAAACGAAAUUUCCCUGAUCGUUCGUUCGAUCAGCGUGUGACUUGACAGGAUACGAAUGUUGUUGGCGCACGAAGAUGAAUGACUUUUUACAACUUAUAUGAUACUAUUUUGUAUAAUCCAAAGAUGAAUUUAACUUUAGUUGUAGCGAAUGCGCAAUCCGCGGAGAUUUUUGCAUGGCCUGCAAGUCGUGUGCGAUUUAAUAAGUUAUUAUUAUUAUUUUUUGAUAUAGAUAUAUGGAUUAAUUAAUUAAUCUUGGAAUUUAAUUAUUUUGUAAAUACCUAUAUAUACUUUUAUAUCGUAAGUAAUCAAUUAAUUGUUAGACUGAUAUAAUUUUGCACUUGUAUUCAUAAACAUAUUCAUCAAAAGUGUGUGACCUCGCUACAAAGUAAGCGUUUUUCAACGAAAUUUUUCAAAUCUGUAUGCUCAGCGAACAAUACCGAACACUUUCUUCCGCCCUAACGGUAGAAAGAAACUCAUAUGAAUAUAAAUAUCACACUAUAGUUUAAUCGAUCACGUCAUUGACUCAACCAGUUGAAUAAUACUAUGAAUUAAAUUGCAUUUUCAUGCA